AUGGCGGCUCUGCUGGCCGCGAGCCGGCUAGGGGCUGCGCCUGCCGCUGCCCAGAGAGGCCCGCUGGUCUCCUGUCGGAGGUGGGCCGGUGCUCCGGCCGACACCGUGUACGAUGUGGUGGUGUCCGGUGGAGGCCUGGUGGGCGCCGCCAUGGCCUGUGCCUUGGGAUAUGAUAUUCACUUUCAUGACAAGAAAAUCCUGUUGCUAGAAGCAGGUCCAAAGAAAGUUUUGGAGAAAUUGCCAGAAACUUACAGCAACAGGGUCAGCUCCAUUUCCCCCGGCUCUGCAACGCUUCUCAGCAGUUUCGGAGCCUGGGACCACAUCUGCAACAUGAGAUACAGAGCCUUCCGGCGAAUGCAGGUGUGGGACGCCUGCUCCGAGGCCCUGAUCAUGUUCGACAAGGACAACCUGGACGACAUGGGCUACAUAGUGGAGAACGACGUCAUCAUGCACGCUCUCACGAAGCAGCUGGAGGCUGUGUCAGACCGAGUGACUGUUCUCUACCGGAGCAAAGCCGUCGGCUAUACCUGGCCUUCUCCCGUUCCCAUGGCCGACUCCAGCCCUUGGGUUCAUAUUACCCUAGGUGAUGGCAGCACCCUCCAGACCAAAUUGUUGAUCGGUGCAGAUGGUCACAACUCCGGAGUUCGGCAAGCCGCUGGAAUCCAGAAUGUCAGCUGGGACUAUGACCAGUCUGCUGUUGUGGCUACUCUGCAUUUAUCAGAGGUCACAGAAAACAAUGUGGCUUGGCAGAGAUUUCUUCCCUCUGGGCCCAUCGCUCUGCUCCCGCUCUCAGACACCUUGAGUUCCUUGGUGUGGUCCACAUCCCAUGAGCAUGCUGCAGAGCUGGUCAGCAUGGAUGAGGAGAACUUUGUGGAUGCCAUUAACUCCGCCUUUUGGAGUGAUGCUAACCACACAGACUUUGUUGACUCGGCCAGCACCGUGCUGCACCAGGCUGUUGCCUUUCUGAAGCCCACUAAGGUCUCAGCUCGCCAGCUGCCGCCAAGCGUAGCCAAGGUGGAUGCCAAAAGCCGAGUGCUGUUUCCUCUCGGGUUGGGACAUGCUGCUGAGUACGUCCGGCCUCGGCUGGCGCUCAUCGGGGAUGCAGCCCACAGAGUCCAUCCCCUGGCAGGACAAGGUGUCAACAUGGGCUUUGGGGAUAUCUCCAGCUUGGUCCAUCACCUCAGAACUGCAGCCUUCGAUGGGAAAGACUUAGGCUCCAUGAGCCACCUCACAGGCUACGAGACAGACCGACAACGUCACAACACUGCGCUCCUGGCUGCUACUGACCUGCUGAAAAGGCUCUACUCCACCAGUGCUACCCCCCUCGUGCUGCUCAGGACGUGGGGCUUGCAGGCCACAAACGCAGUGUCUCCACUCAAAGAACAGAUUAUGGCCUUUGCAAGCAAAUGA